AUGGAGGCUAAUAGGUUGAACGCAUUGCAGAGAGCUGCUGCCGCAAAGGACGCUCGUUUAGGCCAUUUGCGCAAAACCCAAAAUCUACGGCGCAGAUUCACUUGCCUCUUCUCUAACAACCACAAACAGGACGAGGCUAGAAAAGCUUUAGAAGGUGCUUUGGGAGGAAAGAAAAGUGAGUAUGAGAAAUGGGAUAAAGAAAUUAAACGAAGGGAGGAAGCAGGUGGAGGAGACAAUUCAGGUGGAGGCAGUUGGUUUAAUUGGCGUAGAUGGUUUGAUGGCUCCGACGAUGGUCGUUUCUGGCAGGAAGCCCAACAAGCAAGCCUUGCUAUUUUGGGUAUUAUUGUCAUGUACUUAAUAGUUACAAAAGGAGACAUGAUACUUGCUGUCAUAUUCAACCCUCUGCUGUUCAAGCUGCGAGAAGCAAGGAACGGGUUUACCUUUGUAACAUCAUAG